UUCCCUCUCUUUGUCAACACUACCUGAUAUGCCCCAUCUAACAUUCCAGAAACUCCUGUGUUGCCUCUGCUUCCUAGCCUGACAUCCUGUCAUAAGUUGUCACAACCUCCAUAUGUCACCAUAUCAUAUUUGGAAUGCUUCACUACAAACAAAGAAAUACAAGGCUGACAAUCACAUGAUAUGUCUUUAGCUGAUAUCUCUUUCUUUGUGUCCAAUAGAUUUAAGCACAGUCUCUUAUCCUUAUUGAUCAAUAUAGUUUUAACUUCUCAGCUGACUAUGUCCACAUACUCAUAAAAGCAAAGAAUUUCAUGGAUGACAAGGGCACUUUCAUAAAGCAUUGCUUUAACCGCUUGUUGGCUGAUGCUCUCUGUUGUGUUGGUGUGGUCAUGUCAUUUGUGUCGUUUUGUUUUGGUUCAUUCUGUCCUAACAUGUGCUCGGCUUCUCUGUUUUCUUUAGCCAUUCACUGUCUGACUGCAGAGGUCUUUUUUCAGCAAUUAGGUUCCUGCACUUUGAAAUUCCCUGCCAAAGACAACCAGGUGAUUGUGAUGUCUGGCCAUGAGACAAUCCGUGUGUUAGAGGUGGAGGUGGAUGCUGCUCUUCCAUCCUCUGUCCCUGAUGGGAGGACUGACUCUGGGCCUGAGGAUGGAGGUGGUCUGGGCUCAGAGCAGUCUGAGGCCAGCACUCAAGACAGCCCGAUUGCCCCCCACACCACUGGGGGAGUUGUGCUAGGUGACCAGGUGGUGUCUGUCGAGGCAGCAGUUUCCGCUGUUCAGAACCUGGCUUCAGCAACUCCCAUCAGUGUGGCGCUGGCACAGACCCAGGCCACCAUGCCCAUAACUGUGCAGGGCUGUCCACAGGUCUUGACCCAGGAUGGCUUGGCCACUCUGAUGACAGGAAUGAUGGCCCAGACCGGGUCCCUGGGCCAGCCGCUGCUCAUCCCCUUUAGCAUGGCAGGGUCAAUGGGGGGCCAGGGAGGCCUGGCUGUGCUAACCUUCCCCACCACCAACGUAGCCACCCUCCCUGGGCUCGCAGCCACCAACCCUGCAGGAGGCCUCCUCAAACUGCCCUUUGCUGGCCUGCAAGCUGCCACAGUGCUAAACUCCAUCCAGCCUCAGCUGCAGAAUCCCGCCCAGACAGUCUUUCAGCCUCAGACAGCCUCUCUGCAGUCAAUGCAGGCAGCUGUACAGCAGGUGACAUCCCAGCCUACGCAGGUAACCAAUGCCCAGGUUACUGCAGCCCAGAUGGCUUCAGUCAUGACAACGAUCUCUCAGCCCAAUGUGUCAGUGGCAACACUCCAGACAGCAGGACUCUCCAUCAACCCUGCCAUUAUCAGUGCUGCGUCUUUGGGAGCCCAGACCCAGUUUAUAAGCUCCCUUGCUUCCACCCCCAUCUUUGCCAACGCCAUGUCAGGUCUCACCAGCCAGAUCAUCACCAAUGCACAAGGACAGGUGAUUGGAACUCUCCCUCUGCUGGUGAAUCCAGCCUCUCUGACGGGAGGUGCUGCCACUCAAGCUCUGCCUCUCCAGGGCCUGCAGGUCCAGACUGUCGCCCCACAGCUGAUCCUCAACACUCAGGGCCAGAUCAUAGCCACCAUAGGGAAUGGACCUGCAGUCCCCACCUCUGCAGCUGUUCUGCCCAAGCCAGCUGCCACGCUGACACUCUCCAAGCCCAGCACUCAGGCAGCGUCAGCAGUUGUCUCUCAGUCACCUGUGGUCAUCGCCCCACAACCGUCCGUGAUGAAAACUGUUACCUCCCUCUCCUCUGUUCCCAUCGCCUGUGGAGACACUGCCACAGUUGGUCAGCUCGUCAGCAAGCCACAACAAGCAGUUGGUGAUGAAGAGGGUAUUAAUCUGGAAGAGAUUCGAGAGUUUGCCAAGAACUUUAAGAUCCGCAGGCUCUCCCUAGGGCUAACACAGACACAAGUGGGACAGGCUCUCACUGCAACUGAAGGGCCAGCUUACAGCCAGUCUGCUAUCUGCAGGUUUGAGAAGUUAGACAUCACACCUAAGAGCGCUCAGAAGUUGAAGCCUGUGUUGGAGAGGUGGUUGGCUGAAGCAGAGCUUUGGAACCAAAAGGGCCAGCAGAAUCUGAUGGAGUUUGUGGGUGGGGAGCCUUCCAAGAAACGCAAACGUCGCACUAGCUUUACCCCACAGGCUAUCGAGGUACUGAACACCUAUUUUGAGAAGAAUGCUCUACCCACCGGCCAGGAGAUCACAGAGAUUGCCAAGGAGCUCAACUAUGACCGUGAGGUGGUCCGUGUGUGGUUCUGCAAUCGUCGGCAAACACUGAAAAACACAAGCAAGAUCAACGUAUUUCAGGUUCAGCAGUAAGACUAUUUUAGGCCGCCAUGGUUUAGUAGAGUUGGAAAAAUGCUAAGUUGGAAACUGUUAAGUUUAGCAGACAGGAUGAAGGAAGUAGCACUUAAAUUUAAUCUUGCUGUGUGAACAUUAAGUGCUCAGAAUUCAUCACCAUAUUUGGAAUGUGCUUGUCUGUGUGAGUGAAAGAGAGAGGAUAAAGGUAAAAAAAAAGAAAUUGCAUGUAAACGAGAGAUUAAGGAUUCUUUAGCAUAAUUUCUAACUUUUUGUUUAAUCAGUAAAUAUACAGUAUCAUACCAUUCUGUAUGACAAUGAAUUGAAUUUGAUACAAGUGGUUUUAUACACUUGCAAUACAGGUUUGUAAGUGACUGUAUAUAGAAUUUGGGCCUAAAUAUUCUUUAAUAUUAGGUCCCAUUGUUACUCAUUGCAUUGUAACAUUGUUACAAUUAUGCUGGUGCCACCUUACAGUAGGUUUAACAUUUGUAUAUGCUUAUUCAGUUAUGUUUCUAUAUUUGUGCUAAUGUAAUGUGUGAGUGUUCUACUUAAAGGGAGUAUUCUGUGUCAGAAAAGAACAUUGCCCCUUUGUUUACCAUGGUAAAGAUUGAGUACAGCCCGCUUUGUCCAUUUAACAAAUUGGCUGCUUCAAAAGACUGCAGCUUCACCUCUGUAUUGAAGGUUCUUAAAAUAAAAACUAAUCAAACUUAAUCAAAUUGAUUAAUUGAUUAUAAAUGUGUUUGUUUCAAUUAAUUGAUGGGUCAAUAUAAGAUUAUAAUUACUAGUGUUUUGGAGGUUAAUUUGCAAGACAAAUUUAGGUUUAAGAUAUGUUUUUGUACAAUUGAUCAUCUCAAACUGACAGAUUGACAAACAAAAUCUGAGUACUUAAAAACAUUCCAGCUGUUUAUGUUACAUUUGAAUUGUCUACUCUUAAGGGAUGUUUGUGGCCUGGUUCCUUAUGGAGUUAAGUGUAUUGCUAGAGUUCUGUCAUACAAGAACACAGCACAGCCAGCCCCCUGGAGCUACCAGGGCCUGUUUUUCUGUGUGAUGAUUUUAGAAAACGGUCACAUGGUGAAAAUUUGACAUUGAUUAAGGAUGUUUGAGUCCCUGUCAGUUUGUAUUCUUAUAUUUUGUAACCUACAUUUUUGAAAAAUGUAGCAAAUGCAUAUACUGACUAUAGAAAUCAUGUACACAAGAAUAUCAUGCAUACACUUCUAAUGAUUUUUUUUAACUGUCUCUAAAGAAAAUAUGUAUCUGCAAUUAGGUUUACUUGUUUUGAGUGCAAUAAUAUGGUGUACAGUUAUAUAAAUCAGUAAAUAACUGCAUAUAAUCCAAUAGUUUUGUAUAUUCACAACUGUAUAACACAAUAAAGUAUGUACUUAUC